AUGGCGAGUUGGUUGAGGCGAAAUUUACUGCUGGUGUUGACGAUCGGUUCCGUUUUGACGGGUAUCGGGCUUGGAUUCAUCAUGCGCUCAUUCAAUCUCACGCCGCAGUCAAUCGUAUUAGUUAGCUUUCCCGGUGAAAUGUUGAUGCACAUGCUGAAACUUAUGAUUUUACCACUGAUUAUCAGCUCGCUGAUCUCAGGUAAACACUGA